CGCAACUUGAUUCAGGAAGUGCGCAUUUCAUGUUGCGUUUACGAGCUAGCGAGAAACGACUUCAGAAAUGAAAUAAAUAAAACCCGAUACAAGUUGCUUGGUUCAUAAGAUAAGUUUGAGAGAUGUCCGCUGGUCUCGAGUCCACGCACGGGUCCUCUCUCGGGAAGGGGGACGGCUUGCAUCAACAAGUUCUCGCCUCCUUCCCCUUGUGUGACGUCACAGAGGAUGAUCUGACCCAGAACCCCCAGUUCUGUAAACUCCUGGCUACUCUGUCACAACACGUGGACCAAACUGGACUCACGGUCCCACUGAAAACAGAGCUGGAAAAGACGGAGCAGAAGCUGCAGAGCCAGAGGCGGCACUGGCUGCACUCCGAGAGCCUCCACAAAGGGCUGCAGGAGAUGAUGCAGGACCACUGUAUCCGGAAGCAGCACGCCGUCGUGCCCCCCGACCAGAGCAUGUUCUAUGAGACAAUGGAGAAGUGUCUGCUGGUGGCGCAGUGUGUCAGACAGCUGGAUCCAAGCAGCGCUACCAACCAGGACCAGCCCUCAGUUCUAGGUCUGAACCCCCAACAGAUUUUGGAGCUCAUGCCAUCGGAGAAGAAUGUUCAAAGGAUGAAGCAGGGUCUUCCCAGAGAGCUGGAGAAACAUCUGAAGAAGAAGUGCCUGAGCCUCCUAGCUUACUACCAACCUGAAUGGGAGAGUGAGAGUGAGGGCCUGAAGAACAGCAAGUUGUCUCACCUGUCAGCCCAGCUGGACACAGAGAAGAGGAGAGCAGAGAGUCUGAAGGAGACGUGCCGGGAAAACUCUGUCCUCCUGCAGAGGCAGACUCAACUCUACCUCUCUGAACUGAUUAAGUGCAUUCAGCUCCUCCAGUCCCUCAUCUUGGACCACAGGCUGAGGAUCCAGACUGAUCUGGACCGGAAGAAGUUGGACUACUUUGAGGGAAAAUGUGACUUAGUCCUGCAGAAGAUCAAGACUGAGAUGGUGGAGAUUCAGCUGGACACGUACACAGUGGACUCAAUAGCUGCUCACAGAAAAAUAAGAGAGAAGCUGGAGUCGGAGUUGAAGGCCUGCCGGGUGGAGAAGCACUCGGUGGAGUUGAAACUGGCCUCCUUUGAGAUCUUGGGCAAAGAGUUUGAGGCCUUGGCCGAGGAGUACUGCAGAUUACGGCGGGAGAUCGACAUGAAUAACUGGGCUCUGAAGGAGUUCUCCCGGUGCAAGGACAAGUGAAGGUCAUGUCUGGUGCCGGGACAACAGCCGGUCGCUUCCUUUGGACUUUUGGACACUUGACACACAAACUGCUUGGACUUUUGGCUGACAGGAGCUAUGUAGCAUGUACAGUAGUGAGUGGGCUGACUCCCAAGAUUAAAUUCAAUUUUCUUAAAACGUCA